AACCAGGCCCAACACGGCUGUUUCGAUCAUCAGCUCUCAUCUUGUCAGAAACCACAAACCGGGGUGGUCGAGUUGCAUCUUUUGUUCUUGCCCAACAGUUCCUCUGUUCCAUCGACAAAACCGAACCCACAAGCCAAGUUCUAACCCCAAAAACAAGGCCAACAACAAUGGCAUUCACGGGAACUUUGGACAAGUGCAAGGCUUGUGACAAGACUGUCUAUGUUGUGGACAUGAUGACCCUCGAAGGUUCCCCUUACCACAAAACAUGCUUCAAAUGCACCCAUUGCAAGGGCAAACUCGAGAUGUCCAACUACUCCUCCAUGGAUGGAGUCCUGUAUUGCAGGACUCAUUUUGAACAACUAUUUAAGGAGUCUGGCAAUUUCAGCAAGAAUUUCCAAUCAACGAAGAACGACAGGAAAGAUGAUCAGCCGAGGACUCCCAACAAACUUUCAUCCAUGUUUUCCGGAACCAUAGACAAAUGUCGUGCUUGCGAGAAAACAGUGUACCCGUUGGAAAAGGUUACGAUGGAAGGGGAAUUGUACCACAAGAAUUGCUUCCGUUGCGCUCACGGCGGUUGUCCGUUGACCCACUCGUCGUACGCGUCGCUCGACGGCGUGCUGUACUGCAAGCACCACUUCGCACAGCUGUUCAUGGUGAAAGGGAAUUACACCCACGUCCUCCAGGCUGCUGCGCAUAGGAGAACGGCUCCGCCUCCUCAUCCACCGAAUUCGCUGAAAACAACCGAGCUGAUCAAGAAGAUGAUGCGCCGGCCGAUCAAGACGAAUCCGAAGAGUAGUCGUGAUAUAAAGGAAGAAAAAGACGACGACGACGACAAUGGAAAUGAUUCAAGACAAUCGAUCGAUCGAUUCUUUUUUCUUUCUCAAAAAAAAAAAUCGAGCGCGUGAUGUUUUGAAAAGAGUGUGUAGUGGUUUGAUUGGCUGGCGCAGAUGAUAUCAAAAAGUUGAUAUUUCAAUACUUUCUUCACUUUGA